UCCACAUUCACACAGAUUGGUCCUGAUUUACCACAUUCUUCUUCUUCUAUGGCCCUGAUGGACUCAGCGGCGCCGCCCGUCCUCUCUCUGGUCUCUGUUCUGUCUCUGUUAGCAUGUAGCAUCCAGGUGUUAGCAGCCAUCCUGCUAACACGCAGGUGUGGGGGGCGGAGCUCUGCAGAGGACAGGUGGAUCCUACUGUGGCUCUUCUAUGAUGUCAUCGUCCACCUCACACUGGAAGGUCCGUUUGUCUACAUGUCUCUGGUGGGGACGGUUGAGACAUCUGACGGCCCGCUGGCUGAACUCUGGAAGGAGUACGGUAAAGCCGACAGUCGCUGGCUGGUUUCUGAUCCGAACAUCGUCGCUAUAGAAGUUCUUACCGUCAUCCUCGACUCUCUGCUCGGUCUGCUGCUGAUACACGCAGUACUGAAGGAAAAGUACUACAGACACUUUCUGCAGAUCGUACUGAGCGUGUGCGAGCUGUACGGCGGCUGGAUGACCUUCUGUCCUGAUUGGCUGGUUGGCAGUCCGAACCUGAACACGUCCAGCUGGCUCUACCUGUGGGUCUACCUGGUCUUCUUUAACGGGGUCUGGGUCCUGGUCCCGGUUCUGCUGCUCGUCCAGUCCUGGUUCUCGCUGAGGAGACUGCACGCACUCAGACCGGACGAAAACUACAGCAGCGUAAAAAGGAAGUUGAUGUAGAGACGCCGUGUUCGACGAGUUUAUCUUCACCAGUCAGCGUUAUUGAUCUCAGAGGAACAGGGACCAUGCUCACAGAGUUCAGCUCGGCUGGGAUCAACGAUCGGUCGGAUCGAACUGAUCAGCAGGAAGGUUCUUCAGGUUCCUGAUGGUCUGGUUCUCCUCUAUUAAAGCAACAGAACUGUUAACGUUGUUUCACACCUUCACACAAACGAUCCAUUAUUAUCUCUAUUAGUUCUGAUCAGGCUCAGGAUCAGGACCCUAAGGACCCCAGGUACACUUUUCCCCUUUUAGAACCAGACCUUCUGCCGUCCAGACUGAACAGUGACUCUGAGAUCAUGUAAAAAUUAAAGUGUGUUUUGAUUGGCUGAAACAAUAAAGGUGUGACCGCCAGUUUAA